AUGUCUUCCCAAGGAGAAACCUACAAGCCCUCCGAGCACGACGGUUUGAAGAAGGACGGUACCCCCGACAAGCGAGUCUCUUCCGAGCACGGCUUCGGCGGUUCCGACGGCCCUGACCCCCACGUCGAGGGUGCCAAGGGAGGCAAGUCUUCCGGUACCCCCCAGGAGGAGCAGUAA